AUGGCAAAAAACUACUAUUCAACCCUAGGAAUCACCAGAGAAGCUACAGAUGAAGAAAUCAGCCAAGCUUAUCGACAAUUAGCACUUCGUUGGCAUCCAUCUAAAAAGCCAGAUGACCCACACACAGCAACUCACAUGUUUAAUGAGCUUGCUGAAGCAUAUGAAGUCUUAAGCAAUGAUAUCUUCAAAAGCUGCUAUGAUAUGUAUGGAGAAUAUGGCUUAAAAGAAGGAGUAAUUGAUGGAAAAGGUGGCUAUACAGGCGGAUAUAGAUACAGAGGUAAUGCUGAAGAAAUCUUUGAAAAAUUCUUUGGAUCUCCUAAUCCAUUCUAUGGAGGAUCAGAUGAAGCGACUAUAGCUGGAAGUUUAUUUGGGGCAGCUACAAGGGGGAUGAAGCAAGUUAAAGCAGACCCUCCACAAGAUUUGAUUGUUGAAGUGCCGUGCACACUUGCUGAGCUGUACUUAGGAUGCCAAAAAAGAGUUACAUAUGAAAAGAUUGAGCUGAAUAAUGAUAGAAUUACGACCUCAAAAGUCUUGAAUACAAAAAAUUUAGAAAUAAGAAGAGGGUAUAGCAAUCAGACAAUAUUCUUCUUUAAAUUAAAUGUGGCGAAAUGCGUUUCCUUAUUAUUUCUAAUAAAAAUUACUGAUAAAUUCUUAUAAAUAUUUGUUAUUUCUUUUCCAGGGGACGGUAAUGAAUCUCCACAUUACCCAAACUCUCAAUUAAUUUUCAAAAUAGUCGAAUUGCCACAUGAAGCAUUCCAAAGGAAAGGAAAUGACCUAAUAUAUACAGCGAAAAUCCAGCUCGUUGAUGCUUUGAUGUCAGAUCCAAUACAAAUUGUAAAAAUUACUUACUCCCUUCAAGCUCGAUCAAAUAAUUUUGCUUGCUAAUAAAGGAGGUUAAUUUUUUUUUAAUAAUUUUUUUCAGAAUUCUAAAAUAUCCCAAUUAUAAAAAUUGAAAAUUAAAAUUAAUAUCUGUUUAAAAUUUAAGAAGAUUAAUUUGAGAUUUCAUUAUAAAAUUAUUACUGUUUAUUCUUUCUCAUGAAUAUGGGCUUUACCAAAAAAAUAGGGUUUUCCAAUAGUUUUGCUUGUCAUCGAAAGGGGAUUUAGACUGCUUUAGAUGGAAGAGUUUUAACUCUGUCAUUUGAUGAAGUUGUGAGCCUUUCAACCAGAAAAAUGAUUGAAAAUGAAGGAAUGCCUGUAUUUAAGGACAAUGAGUAUGCCAACGAUUUGAAAAAGUUUGGAUUAGAUAAGAGAUCAAUUGAAAAAGGAAAUUUGAUUGUGAGAUUUGAUAUUGAAUUUCCACAAUAUAUUCCAGAAGAAAAGAAAAGACAACUUAAAUUGCUGCUAAGCUAA